AUGGACACCCCCGCCCUAUUGACAGAUCGACAAGUACAAGAGUUUUUAAUCAAUGGUUAUUUGUUUCUUCAACCUAAAUCUCUCGAUGAAAAUUUUCAUUCAACAAUAUUUACACAAACUCUAUCUAUAGUUCAGAAAGAAGGCAAUCCAGGAAAUAAUAUUCUUCCACGGGUUCCUCUACUUCAACGUUUAUUCGAUGACCCAGUAAUUACAGGUGCAUUAGAGAGUUUAUUAGGCUCAAAUUAUGCUAUGCAACCUCAUCGACAUCCUCAUUUAACGAGUCCAGGAUCAGACGGCCAGUCAUGGCAUAAAGAUAGUUUCUUUGGUUAUCGAAAACUACUUCGUCAUCAUCAGUUACGGUAUGUAAUGAUUAUGUAUUAUCCCCAAGACACAACCAUUGAAAUGGGUCCCACAGGUAUUAAACCUCGAACGCAAUACGAUGUUAUGGAUCCACAAAUAUAUCAACACAAUAAAGCACUUGAAAAUACCGAUGCAAAGAACGACGAUAAAAACGAUAUUUAUGUCGUUUGUAGGGCUGGUACUGUAGUAUUAAUUCAUUAUGAUAUUGUACAUAGAGGAACAGCAAAUACAUCAAGCAGUUCAUAUCGUUUUAUGUUCAAGUUUCAGUUUAAUAGAAUGGAAGAACCUACUAAACCAACGUGGAAUCAUGAUCCAGCAAAUACGAGUUACGAUGCAACAGAUGCUGGCUUAUUGCAGCCAGUUGUCAAACAUAUAUGGAAUUGGAUGCUUGGUCGUGUAGUAGCAGCACCAGAAGCACUCGUCACGUCUAAUGAUAUUACUCGGUGGAAAUCACUAUUAAAUGAUCGAGAUGGAAAUUUUCGUCUUAAUGCGGCUUAUAAUCUGGCAUUAUGCAAUGAGUAUGAUGUAUUGAUCAAUAGAUUAUAUGACAAUGAAGAAAUUUUUCGUUUUGAAGCCACCUAUGCAUUAACAGCAUGUAGAUAG